CCCCCCGGCGCGGGAGGAGGGCGAGACAGAGGGCAAUAGAGAGAAAUAGAGAGGGAGACGGGGACAGAGCCAUGGGGGAACUCGAGGGAUCCUACGUCCCCGGCGUGCCGCGCUAUGAGCCGGCCGCCAUGCGGCUGUGGAUCAUCCUCGUCGUCACCUUCAUGACGACUCUGGCGUUCAUGGCCGUCGCCGCGAGGCUAUGGUGUCGGCAUAUACGGAAGCAAAAGUUUUGGUGGGACGAUUACCUGAUAAUGUUUUCCAUGAUAUGGAACUGGGUCGUCGUCGGCAUCGGCUUCGCCAUGUACAUCGAGGGCGUCGGCUACCACGACUCCACCGUCGGGCCAGAGGCCGUCGUCAACAUCUCGCGGUGGCUCCUCAUCACCGAGAUCAUCUACGUGUGGAACCUCUGCUGGACCAAGCUCAGCCUGCUCUUCAUGUACUACCGCAUCUUCCACUUCCCCCUCUUUAAGAGGCUCGUCAUCGGCGUCGGCGCCUUCGUCGUCACCUGGGCCGUCUGCAUCUCCUUCCUCUUCACCUUCAUCUGCGUCCCCGUCGAGAAGCUCUGGAGGCCCGAGCUGCCGGGCCACUGCGUGAGCGAGCUCGGCGUCUGGCUGGCCAACGCGAGCUCCACCAUCUUUUCCGACAUUGUCAUUCUCCUGCUGCCGAUCCCGCAGAUUUGGAGGCUGCAGCUGAAGAAGAGCGAAAAGGUUGGCUUGACGGUUGUGUUUAGCCUCGGAUUCUUUGCCGUCUUCGCGUCCUCUUACCGAACCUGGGUCCUGUUCAACUACUCCAAGCACGACAUCAGCUACACCCUCACCCCGCUGCUGGCGUGGUCCGACAUCGAAAUGUCCGUCGGCAUCAUCUCCGCCUGCCUGCCCACCAUGCGCCCCGUCGUCCGGCUCGCCGCCUCCAAGCUCGGCCUCAGCCGCGUCUUCAGCUCCAGGGACGCAGACGGCACGAGCCGAAGCGAAAGCGCCAACGGCGGCAAGCCGUACGACCGGAGCGAGAGCCGCGGGGCGGUGACCCCGCUGCGCAGCUUCAUCACGCCGCAGACCCUCAAGACCACGGCGGAGUCGAACAACCGCCUGGACAGGGGCAGCGGCGCGUUCUACAGGCUACCCGACGAUUACGGGUCCGGCUUUGGCGGCAUCCUCGUCGAGACGAGUCUGGAGCUGGUGGAGUCGCAAAAGCAGCUGAAACCGGUAGACAGGGGGGUGCAAGAGGUUCCGGGGAACACUAGCGGGAGAUCUGACGACGAUGAGAGCAGCGUGAGCUUUGAGAUGCAUCCGCGUGUAUAG